AUGGCUGAAAUGCAUGAGCAUCGCCUUUACACGCAGCAGCUGCUCAACCUCGCCAGCGGUCACACAGGUUUUCGCCAGUUUUUGCUGGCCCAGGCCAGAUCGGCGCUGUUGAGCUGCGAGGGCCGGGCGCAGGCAGGAGCCGCCGAUUGCGACUGCGCGGCGUUGCGUACGGCAGAGCAACGCAAGCUUGAUGCCUACCUGGAGCUGCGGCGCCUGGGCCCACACCGCCUUUGCGUUCUCGCUAGCGAGGUUGGCAGGCGUUGGGGGCGCGCACCGCCCUCGCUCCGCCGGGCAGCCGUUGUCGCGUGGGAGCGACGAUGGUGGGGUCUCCUCUCGGUGGCCGUCUGCCGCUUCGCGGUUAGGGCAGGGCCCGUCACUGGGCAGUUUUGGGUGGCCUUUCGAGCAGUUGCGCUCGCUCACUCUCCCUCUCCCGCUCCGUCCGCAUUUGUUGCUCGCUGGUCGGACCAAGCGGUGCAAAGGCGGCCGACUGCGGUGCUGGCACUAGGAGAUAAGAAGCAAGUUCGCGGCCUGGGCGAUUUGCUGCGCAGAGUCAACCACCUAGCCAUCAUCGUGGAGGACGUGGGCCGCUCACUGGCCUGGUACUCGGACAUCAUCGGCUUCCAGCAGAUUCAGCGCCCCAACUUCGACCGCCACGGGGACUCUCCGCUGGGUGGUCUUGUGCUCUUUCAAGCUUUGAACACGGCGUGGCUCACCAUGGGCAACAUCGAGCUGCACCUCAUCAAGGGCAAGCCUCACACCAAGCGCGGCCAGCAUCCGGACGACCUCAUCGUGUGCCACCUGGCCCUGGAAGUCACGGAUGCCUCUGCUGUGCUCCAGCGCUUGGAGCAGAUGCAGGAGGUGCAGCAGCACAAUUUGCGGUGGCGCCAGAAUGUGUCGGUGCCCACCCCCGAGACUUCGCGCACGGCAAAGUUCGAGUCCCACACGGACGGAGAGGGCAAGGUGACCCAAUUCUUCCUUGAGGAUCCGGAUGGCUAUUGGAUCGAGAUUUGCAAUUGCUCCGAGCUCACCGACUUCUGCUUGGACGAGGGCCGCCAUGUAGACGCCAUUUCUCCUAAGGUGAAGGCUCUGGUGAAGCAGUGGGCCGACCGAGCCAGGCAGCGUUGUCGUGCGCCUUUUCGGACCCUGCGCCCAACCAUGGCCAUUGCCUUGCACCAGGUGGACAGUCAGAAGCUGGAGAAUUUGGCGUGUCGCCGCACCACCUACGGGGACAUUUGCCAGGGCUUCAGUGUGGAGCAGCUUCGGAAGGCUCUGGCGGAUGCAGGAAACCAUGUUCCUGUGGCCAUCAGGUUGCUCCAACAGGUGCGGGCACAGGAGGGCAAACGGAUCUUGCUGCCCCCGAAGUUCCUGGACAACUCCAAGCACCUGCAUCAGACCCAGCCCAUCUACAUGGAAAGGCCCAAGCCGGUGUUGUUGGGCAACGCCGGCAAUGCGUACAUCUUCUCACAGUUUGCACUCCCGGGGGGCCACCUGCAACGCCUUCAAGCGUGGCUGGACCCGGGCUCCGCGUUCUGGCGCGAGCACGGGUACAAUGAGGUGGUGGGCAGUGGGGAAAACGGGUACUUCAGCUACGUACAAGAGAUCACGGAGGCCGGCAACAAAACGCUGACCGGGUCAGUGAUUCGUUACAUCUGGAAGUUCCUUUGCAGCCUCGACCUCUUCCCGGGUUUGGGCGAGGCGAAGUUAGCCGAGUGGUGGGCGCACAAGCGGCCCCACGCAUGCGGGCACCAGAUGCAUUACGACAGCGACAAUGAGGGCAUCGGUGGGGUGAGGAAUCCGAUUUGCAGCUGCAUUGUCUUCAUCCAUGCGCCGCCGGGAGUCGGAGGCCCCACCUUGGUCACGGAUCAGCUGGCCGCCGCCUUGGGCACCCGCGGCUGGCUGGUGGACCCCGCGGAGAACCGGCUCAGCGCCUACGACGGGCGGUAUCUGCACGGGGUGGUGCCGGGCGCGGGCCGAGCGCCCGAAGCGCCCGAGGGACGAAGGGUGACCUUUAUGGUGGCCUUCUGGAAGGAGAUCCAGCAGAGGCCCUUCGGCGCGGAUGGGCUUUCAGGCAGCAGCCGCCCACUGCCGGACCCGCAGGCGCCGUUCCAGGCGGGGCCCCGCACUUACACCUGGCACCAGCAGCUGGCGAACCCCAGCGCGGAGGAAGCCUCUGCUUGCCCUCAGGCGGUGGACGUGCGCUGCAAGAGCCCGGUGUGGAUGACCGUGGAUGGCAAGGAGGUGGGCGAGGGCGUGCCCUUGCCGGAGAUCGAGGGGCGGAAGUCGCCGGCCGCGGCCGGCCGGAGGAAGAGUUUGGCAGGAAAGACCUUUGCCAAACCCAAGGGCCUUGGUCGACAGGCCCGCACCCCUGGGGCCCGCGAGGCCGCCUUGGAGCGUCUCCGGAAACGCUUCGAGGUGUUCCAGCAGCUGGGGGCCAGCCCCACCGCUGCGGCGGCGGAGACCUUACGGGAGGCGGCUGGCUUGGCCCGGCCCAAAGCGGCCCCUCGGCUGCGGCCGCCGUCCUCGUGGGGCGGUUUCCAGGCUGCCAGCGAGCCGGUCGGAGACGAUGUGAGCCAAGCGCCCUGCAGCGAGGACGCAGCUUCGCUCCAGGGCGAGCCGGAGAAGGUCGGAGACGAUGUGAGCCAAGCGCCCUGCAGCGAGGACGCAGCUUCGCUCCGGGGUGAGCCGGAGAAGGUCGGAGACGAUGUGAGCCAAGCGCCCUGCAGCGAGGACGCAGCUUCGCUCCGGGGUGAGCCGGAGAAGGUCGGAGACGAUGUGAGCCAAGCGCCCUGCAGCGAGGACGCAGCUUCGCUCCAGGGCGAGCCGGAGAAGGUCGGAGACGAUGUGAGCCAAGCGCCCUGCAGCGAGGAGAUCCCGGCCACGCUCCUGGACACGGAGGCAGAGAUUUCGGAGGAGCUGCGCGCGCCGGAAGUCACCAAUGAACCUGAAGCGGAGAAGGGUGAUGCGGAGAAGGGUUUGGCCCAGGCAAAACGCAAGCCAAGGUCCAGCAAGACCAAGAGCGAAAAGAUGGAAAAACCCAAGGCUAAGCCGCAAGUCAGGCGCACGAGUCGGCAGAGGAUGCCGCCGCUGGAUCAUUGGAGAAACGAGCGCUGCGUCUACGAGCGAAAAGCGGGGUCUUGCGUUCCAACGGUGGCUGCCAUCAUGAAGUGCCACGACGCUACGAGGACGCCAAAGAAGUUAGGAGAGGCGACUGGGAAGACACAGGUGGACUCCAAGCGCAAGAGGAAGGCGCCGGAGAUGGACCUGCCGCCGCCGCUUUCGGACCUCUCGCCCGCGCACCCGCCGCUUUCGCCUUCGCCGCCUGCGAAGGCCAAGGCCAAGGCUAAGGCCAAGGCCAAGGCGAAGGCUGCCGGGUCUCCGGGCUCCGGGCGAAAAAGCGGGAAUCCACGACAUACCCCGCGAUGCGAUGCGUCAAAGCCGGAGACACGCGGGAAGAGCUCGCCCCAAACCUCGCGGAGCUUGAUGGGUGCUUUGGAUGCGGCGCGGCUGCGCAGCAUUGCGCGCCCGCUGGCCCCUGAGCUGGCGCCGUCGCUGAAUGGCUUCCGGGGCAAGCCUUCCUUGGCUCGCAUGGCUGCCGACGCGGCGGCAGCGGUUGGCAAUGGCCCUGCGCAGGCGGAGACAGCCUUCUCGAAGGCCAUUCCGAAGGCCCAGUCGAGGAAGAGCAAGGGACAUUGAGGCUGCCAGUUGCUGCCCCAGAUGCCGAUUCCAAAAAAGAGACGUUAGUUUGCACGGAACGAGAUCAAUUGCCGAAGAUCGGCGACACUGCACCAAUUCGUUUUGAUGCUUGGGCGUGCUGGUCUGUCUGCAUCGCGA